UCUGACGACAACUGCUUGACAAAUCUAAUAGAAGAUUACUGGAUAUAUUGGAAAUUAAUACUAUUGUUUCAAUCAGUCAGUCUACAGUUAUGAAUGAGAAAGGAAGAAUUUAAUGAACGUAAUUAUAUAAUAACGUUGAUGUAUUCAUACCCGGACUGAAAGGCUUCUCGAAAAAGAAUCAGUUUGACACUAAAAUGGAUAUCUAAAUAAUAUAAAUGAUUCAAUCUUUAAAAUUUCAAGCGGAAUUCUAAAAAGACGUUCAGUGAUAAGGAACGAUCUUAAUUCAUAUAUAUUAAUUGUUUCAGUAAAACUCUACUAAUUGGCUUUGUAUCUGAGAUGGGUUGUACGCAAUCUGUAACAUACACGAAAUCAACGUGUCCAAACGCUCAAAGAACCAAACCUCAGUCUGAAAUGACACUUGCUCAACAGACAGACCUUAAGGAAGAAGAAAAGCGGAUUAUAAAAUCAACAUGGAAAUUUCUGACGAAAGAUCUAUCCGCAAAUGGCCUUCAAGUGUUUCUUAAGAUAUUUGAGCUUUGUCCUGAGGUUAAGAAACUACUUAAAGUGGAGAAUGUACGACCUUCGGAGCUAGCACGGAACCAGGUGAUCAGGGCUCAUGGUACGCGAUUUAUGAAUGCAAUAGGAGCUGCUGUAGACUGUCUUAAUGGACAAGAGAACGAACACGAGAAUCUAGAUAAUGUUUUGUUUGUUCUCGGGCAAAAGCACAAAGGUUCUCAUGAGUUUAAGUCAGAAUAUUUUGAAGUAUUUUACAAGGCACUUAUGUGGCGCUGGGGAUUAUGUAUGGGAGAUAAUUUUACACCGGAAGUAGCUGACACUUGGAGUCAUGUGUUUUUGUAUAUGUUGGAAAAACUCAAAGAAGGCUUUUUAUCACAGGAAAAUUAGUACAAGAUUACAACCAAUUGCAAAAGAAUGGCGUGGACAACCCCCCGAAAGCAAAAUCAGUUAUUGGACAUAAAGGCAAAUGCAAACACAAAUAAAAGUCAAAAUGUUGAAUGCAAUAAUGCUUUCUUUUUCUGAAUUAUAAUGUUGAUAUGAAUGAUUCAAUUAAGAUGUUUUGAAAUGAAAUUGCAUUCAAUAAAGUGAAUGCUGUCCAUAUUAUUAGCAUAGCACUCUGAAUAUACCAAAAGAACAUAUAACGGAAUCUCGCUUAGUCGUUAACUACAUUGUACGAUUAAUUAUGUUGACAGAUGUAAAUCUAAUUUCAUACGAGGUAUGGUAAUACAUUUAUUGUUCCUUCUCUUGAGAAGGAACACGUAGAAUUGGUAGGUCACACUUAACAGAGCAACUGACCUCGAAAGCUGUUGACAUUACAAGCUGGCCGAUCAAACUUCGUGACCU